UCCCAGUCAAACAAUUUGUGUUCAAACAUAUGUGUAAUGGUAAUAACUGUAUAUGUGAAACUUAUUCAUCUCGUUCUAUAAAUAUUCUUUCAGCUGUCUCUCGAAUUUUCAGAUCUAUCAACUAAAAUUAUUCUACUAACAAUCAAUACUAAGAGGGAAAGCUUUUUGUAUUACUAAAAACAGCAGUUAUGGCCAAGGCAGCUUCUUUGUUUGUUUUCCCCGUCAUGUUCUUUGUGAUGUUAUCUUUAGUUGAAUAUAAUAUGGGAUGCAUGGCGGUUAUUGGUUCGUGUCGUUAUAUUCCUGAUUGUGGUGCGUCAUGCAGGGUUAGAUUUGGAAUAAAGGCACUUGGCUAUUGUGACCGCGAUGGUGCUUAUGGAACAUGUAUCUGCACUUAUCCUUGUCUGAGUGAUAAGAUUAAUAUAUGAUUUAUGUUCUAAUUUUGAAAAAUUCUUCAAUAUGUAUAAUUAAGUAGAAAGCAAAAUUCAAAACUAUGUAAUAUCGUAGAUGCUAUGCUAUGAUGUGACGAUGUUUUGUAAUGUUUUUAAAGCAAUAUACAAUAAACCUUUGGUAUUAAUAAAAAA